AUGGAUUUCAUCCGCGCUUGCGUUCUCUGCACCCUCGUUCUCCUCGGUUUCAGCCAAGCGUUCACGCACCAGGAUAUGAAGGACGCGCUUCUGCGCAAACUGGGUUUGGAUGAGAUCCCCAACAUCCACAAGCGGGAUUUGGAGAACUUGGUGGUCCCGGUUCACAUCCGAAACAAGUACUUGUCUAUGCUGAAGAUGCACCACAGCAGGAGGCGUCGCUCUUUGCCGAGCCUGGCUGGUAUUCUAAGAGGAAUCCCCGGCAAUGCUGAUAUUUCCGGCGAGUAUGUGUACUCUGACACCACCCGGCAUCGCAUGGUGUUCGACAUGGAGGCGAUGAUCCCCGACAACAGCGAAGUGACCAUGGCCGAGCUCAAGCUCUAUCAGCGGGCGUCACACAGCAAGCGACUCGCUGUGGAAAGGAAGAGCCACCGGCCGGUCAGCAACGCCCGGGUCAGCGUCUACUGGGUCGAGGAACUCCCCAACGGCUCCAACAGGACCUCGCUGGUGGACUCAAGGUUGAUCCCCAUUCACGAGACGGGAUGGAAGAGCUUUGAUGUGACCCAGGCCGUGCACUAUUGGUCCAAAGCUCAGCAGAAGACGCCAAUGCACCUGGAGGUGUGGAUCGAGGGCGAGAGACCUGGCAGCUACGCGGCAGAGGUGGCCAAGAGUGUCCACUUUACCACCCAGGAGCAGACGGACAACACCUUGGGAAAGCCGGAGCUCGUCCUUUACACACUCAACCUCGAAGAAUACGGCUCUCGCGGCGACUGCGAAGCCCACCAGAACAAAGACGCCUGUUGCAGGGAGCAGUACUACAUCGACUUCCGCGCCCUGACGUGGACGCAGUACUGGAUCAUCGAGCCGGCCGGUUACCAGGCCUUCAGGUGCACCGGAGGCUGCAGGCAGCCCAAGCGGAACUACGGCUACGGCGAAAGGAGGUGCACGGUGUCGGAGAGCGCCCCGUUGCCCAUCAUGUACCUGGUGAAGAAGGGGGACUACACGGAGAUCGAAGUGGCCGAGUUUCCCAAUAUGAUCGUUGAGAGGUGCGCGUGCACCAUGGACAAUGUUUCCAUCGUGUGAGGUUGUACACGUUAUCAUCUAAGACUACCUGAAAAUAAUGGACACACCCGUAAGAAUAUCUAUUUUCAUAUAUCUCACAUCUUGUGAAAGCAUCCUCCUGCUGGAAAAUGUUGACUAAGUGGGGAUGUACUGUAUUACGACAUUGUUUCAAGGUAUAUUUAAUGGAUUAUAAACAAGUACUUCUUAUUUAAACACACCACAACUCCUCUCCCAGCACUUUUUUAGAUAUAUUUUCUACAUUUUGAUAUGUUUUUUGUUUUUUUUUUGCAUGAGUGCAAAUUCUGUUUGACAUGUUGUUGUACAUAA